AUGGACAAGUCAGCGUUGGAGUGGUACUUUGAUCAUUUCAUUGCAAACGAUGCUUCAGAGAUGGAGAGGGAGGACGUGAUGAAACAGCUGGAUCACGAGCGAGUGUUCUUCAUCUUACUGCCUGAUGAGCUCCUAACUCUGAACAAAGACAACACAGGUAACAGCAGCACCCGUCUGGACUACAACUCCCAGAAUUCAACAGCAGCGGCCAUGCUCCCAGGUGGAUCAUCCAUGCCGGAUCGUCCCACGGCGCCCAUCAUGCCUGUGACACAGAGGACAGAAAUCAUCCCACAGAUACACAACGUCCUCUCCACAGUGCACCUCGGCUGCUGUCUGGACCUGAACUUAAUUGCUAGCAAAGCGUGGAAUGUAGAGUACAAGCCAAAGUCUCACAGGGCCGUCAUGCGGCACCAGCGGCUGCAAACUACAGCAGUGAUCUACAAAUCUGGGAAAAUUGUUUGUGCAGGAUCCAAGAGUGUGGAGCAGUCACACCUGGAGGCCAGGAAGUACGCCCGCAUAGUGCAGAAGCUGGGCUUCCCCGCCCGCUUCCUGAACUUUCAGAUCCGGAGCUUUAUGGCCAGUUGCAACACCUUCCCACUCCGUUUGGAGAAAUUGGCCCACCAUCAGCACUGCAGUUAUGAACCAGAGCUGUUUUCUGGCCUCUCCUGGAAAGUGACGCCUAACGUCACUGCAAACAUCUUUUCAACUGGGAAGAUCAUUUUAAUGGGAGCUAAAAAGGAAGCUGAGAUCCACGAAGCCCUUGAUAUCAUCUUUCCAGUCCUGAGCUCUAAAUACUUCUGGACCUCUACUUUCAGUCAGUGUGAAUCCAGAUCUCUGGCCCUCAGCCACUAUGGGGUUCCUGGCAGACGAUUACUGGUCACCAGGGUUUUGUGUGACCUGCUGACCUCUGAACUGGAAGCCCUUCCUGUUGGCUCUCCAGGGCUGCAGGCCCGCGUGUUGACACCGAGCAGCAGGAAGUCACGGGCUUUUGGGGCUCCCGCCUCUCUCUUGGGCCCUGCUGUGGUGCCCCCGCAGUCUGGAUCAAAGGACUCACCGGGGGCCCCGCCGGCCCUCGCUGACCCCAGAGAGGAUCAUCUGCAAAAGCAAGAGUUCUCUCAGUGUUUGAAAACAAGGCCAGAUGUGUCCAGCCGGACACUGCAGAGGCUGCGGGACACUGAGGUCACGUGA